AGAACAGUCUGCCAUCGGUGCAUGAGAUUUGAUUGUCACCGUGCAUAGACCAGAUCUCUUCUUGAGGGUAGACAACUGGAGACAUCAUGAUCAGGAGUGCUCGGACAAUCGUCAGCAGCGUCUUAGUCGUACAGGCCUUGGUGUAUCCGGCAGACUUCGCAGAGGCCUUUCAAACCGGCUCCUUCCUUGCGGCAAAGAGACCUCUCCCUCUUCCAGCUCGAUCACUUUUCGAGAGGAACCUGCACAGUGUCAAGCAUGCAACGAGCUUGAGGAGGCCAUGCGCGGUCCAGCUCACGUCCCAAGUCGACCUCCUGCCAGCUGUCGCUCCGGCCCUUCAGGCCGUCCUCGGAGGCGUUUCAAGCUUGUCUGGGGCAGCCGUUCUCUGUGGUGUCGUUGCCUUCCAUGAGGCAGGGCACUUCCUUGCAGCUAAGGUUCAGGGUAUCAAGAUCAAUGACUUCUGCAUCGGGUUUGGUCCCAAGGUGUUUGGGUUCAAGGACCGGGACGGCGUCGAGUACUCCCUCCGGCUCCUGCCGCUCGGAGGAUACGUCUCCUUCCCCGAGGCCCAACCCGUCUCGAGCGAGAUGGAGGGACCGGGAUCGCGAUCAGACGACGAGAAGGCAGAGGAAGAGGACGGGAGGCCAGCUGUAAAGUACGACAUCGAUGACCCUGACCUGAUUCAAAAUCGUCCUGCCCUCCAGCGAGCGUUCGUGAUCUCAGCCGGCGUCCUGUUCAACAUGCUCCUGGCAUGGGGAGCGAUCUUCGGCUCAGUGACGUCCAACGGAGUCGCGAUCCCUGUGCUGGACCGAGGGGUUGUGGUGUCGUCGUUGGUGGACGGGAAGGGAGCAGGAGCGAGGUACGGCAUGAAACCCGGAGACAUCAUAGUGGAGAUUGACGGCAAAGACAUCGGAAAGAGCGAGAAGGCCGUGGCGGAGCUGGUGCAGGCAGUCAAGAAGAGCAGCGGCAGAAGCAUGAAGUUCGUUGUGAAGAGGGCGGAGGGGCUGGUGCCACUGGACGUCACGCCCGACAGGGUCAGGAGCGGAGAUGGUGUGAUCGGAGUCAAGCUCGGGCCCAACGUGAUCGUCAGCAGCAACGCAAAGCCCAAGGGUGUUGCGGAGGCCGUGGUGAUGACGAACCAACAGUUUGUAACCCUCACGUCGGAGACUUUCUUUGGGUUCGGAAAGCUCUUCACGCACUUCAAGGAUAGUGUGGGCAAUCUGGCAGGUCCAGUUGGCGUGAUGCAGAUGGGAGCGGAAGCAGGCAAACAGGGAACCAUCCUUGCCUUCAUCGCCCUCAUCUCCAUCAACUUGGGCAUCAUGAACGCCCUUCCCAUCCCUGCGCUGGACGGAGGGCAACUGGUGAUGGUUCUGGUGGAGGCCAUUCGUCGUCGCCCCCUCAACUCGGAAGUGACGCGGACAGUGAACGGCGCUUUCCUGGCGAUUCUUCUCGGGGCAUCUCUGACCCUUCUCGUCGGGGACCUUGAAAGAUUAAUACCAGCAAGCUUGAAAUGAAUGAUCUCUUC